AUGGCGAAGGGUGAUGACGCUUUGCUUCGAAAGAAGAACAAAAAACUUCGAAAGAAGAACAAUAGUAGCUCUUCCUCAGUCUCCGCCAAGGUAGCCGCCGUUAUCGCCGCCAAGAAGCGCCGUAAGGCCGGCAAACGCCGCAUGUGCCAGGGGAUGUGCUUUAGUCUACCUACUCCUGAUGAUCCAUUCAACGAUCGAGGCGGGAAAGAGGAACCUAAGACAAAAGUUCCUAAAAAGAAAACACAUUCAAAAUCAAAGCCAAUAGAUGAGAUGGUUACUGUUAAUGAGAAGAGUGCAAAUGGAAAGAAAGGUGCAAAUGGUGGGAGGAAUAUUGCACAGGAAUUGAAUGAUUUACAAAGUGAAAAUGAGCCUGUCAAAGCCAACAAUAAUCUGAGUCAGAAAUGUAUCAUUAACUCAGAAAGGAAAAUAUUUGAGGUGACUGAGAUGACUCAUCAUCCCAGUGCCAAAAGGCCUGAUUGUGACAUUUCAGAGUUCCCUUCUAAGUUUGCCUUUUGGUGUCUAAGUUCAAUUGAAAAUGCAUUGCGACAUGGUGAUGCCUACACCGAUGGAGAGGGAAAUUCUUUCUUUCUGAAUCCAUGGGGAUUAGAGUUUUUAAAGUGUUAUUCUACUGGAAAAGAUCUGAUGGAGACCAGUGGAACCUCUGCUACCACUGAGCAAAUUGCAUGGACGGUUUCUGGUGCAGCUGAUACAUUUGUCAGAAAGGAGAAAGAAGGCUUGUCCUUUUCUGGCCCUUUUCUUUUAUUCCUUGUUCCUUCCCAAAAGAAAGCUGUCCAGGUUCGAACAGUUUGCAAGCCUUUGAAAUCUGUUGGAAUACAUACAGUGAGUAUUCAUCCAGGUGCUUCGAUAGAUCAUCAAAUUCAAGGUCUGAAAACUUGCGAGCCUGAGUUUCUUGUUUCUACUCCUGAGAGGCUUUUGGAGCUUGUUUCUGUGAAGGCAAUUGAUAUUUCUGGUGUUUCGAUGCUGGUUAUUGAUGGGCUUAAUGCAAUAUGUAGUGCUGGCCACACUGAUACAAUAAAAUCCAUCAAGAGGAGUAUUUCUGGCACUCCCCAUAUGGUGGUUUUCAACGAUUGCCUCAGCCACGUAUCUGUCCCACUGGUUCAGUAUAUUCUGACAGGAUCAAUCUGUAGACUCUCCCUCAAUAAUUCAAUUACCAGCCUAAGUUCAUGCAUUAUCCAGACUGUUAAAGUGUGUGCCUCAGAAGAAGAUAAAGUCAGUAAGAGCAUCAAAGUCCUGGAUCGAUUUCAGAGCAGCCGAACUCAGAGUUCUAACAUGCUAUAUAUUUUAAGGAAAGAUGUAAAGUGCCAUAAAUUGCUCAAGAUUCUCAAAUCCAAGGGUUGUUCCAUUUCUCUUGAUUCUGAUGCAGCAAGUUUGAAUGAUAGUAUGGAUUCAGACAGCAGAGCAGUGGUUUCUGUGAUUGAACUGGAGCAUAUCCCUACCACAGAUAUAGGGACAUAUGAUGUAGUUGUCCUACCUAGUUUUGUACCCUCCAUUGACACUUAUGUGCAUAUUUUGACAAAGAUGGCUCGCCAAAGUGUCAAUGGUGUAUUGCACAGUUUCUUAACUAAAAGAGAUACAGAACUUGCUGCACCCCUCAUUACAGUUCUCGAACAAUGUGGUCAGGAAUUGCCUCAGACCCUGCAGGAUCUGCAUCAUUCAUCAAACAUGGUUGAAGAUUGA